AUGUCUUCCGUCCAAUUAUUGAGACACACCUACAUGUUAGGCACGCCGCGUAUCCGGACCCCUUGGUACUUUUCCACCUUGAACAUAUCGAUGACAUCCUUGUCAAUCCCAUCCCAACUUUCCCAACUUCCCAACCACAGAGAGAGGGAAGACAAGGUCAAUGUUCAGACACCCGGCCCCGUCGCAGGGUUCUCCGUGGCUGCCAGCUUUAAACUUGAAGCCGAACUUACACCCCCCUCCCCCCCCCCUCUACACACUACGCACUACGCACUACACUUCCUUACCACCUCACCUAUUACCCUGUACUCUCUCUUCCUUACAUUCUUAUCCAACCAACUCCUGGACACUCCUCUCAAGUUUCUUCUUUCUCCUUACCAAGGUACUCCUUAUCCUACAGGCAUAUGCUGCGGUCCUCGUCGCGGAAUCCUCCAUCGCAACACUGCGGCACUGAAAAUACUCAACGUCGUGGCAAAGGCAAACCCACCCCUCGAACUUCAUCGCUCCAAUCAACCUGUUCAAACCGUCGUCCCACGUUCUCGAGUCCCACCAGCCCUCCGUGGUCAGCUUCCGGUGCCUUAA